UUAUGUGGUUCUCUGACAAAUCUCAUAUUUCACUUUCCUUUUCAUUUCUGAAACUCAAAGGCUGCUUCUGUUUCUCCAUUCCCCAAAACCAAACACUUUCUUGUGAUUCCUCAAAAAGCUGCUUUUUUUAUUGGUUUCUUCAUCUCAACUCUGAUUUAGAUUUCACCCUUGUUUGUUUUUCCAUUUAUUUUUUCUUUUUCUUUUUCUGGGUCUUUUUUAUUUUGUGUCAUUGUUUAUGUAAACAAAUUUUUAUGUGGACCAUUGAUGUAAAGUUUUGAGCUUUUUAUUGUACUUGUUUUUGGGUAAGUGUUUGUUUUUUUCAAGAGUUUCUGUUUCAAUUAAACAGAAAGCUCUUUUGAAUUUUCUUCUGGUGAUCUAUUUAGAGAAGGAGAAAAACCUGAGCUUUGUUUUGAAGCUUGGGAGGGAUCUGAAUUUUGAUGGAGAUAUCAAAGGAGAAGUUGCAGAGAAGUGUUGUUGUUGAUGAUGGAGUUGACUUCAAGUCUUGCUACAUGCAAAAGUUUAGGCUCUAUGAAAGUCGCUCGAGAUUCUACAUGAUUGGAAGAGACAAAAACAGAACAUUUUGGAGGGUCUUAAAGAUUGACAGAUCGGAGCCGUCUGAACUAAACAUCAUCGAAGAUUCAACGGUAUACUCAGAAGUCGAGUGUUGUGACCUUUUGAGACGUCUACAUGAAGGAAACAAGUCCACAGGGGGGCUUAAAUUUGUAACAACUUGCUAUGGAAUAAUUGGAUUUAUCAAAUUUCUUGAGCCAUACUACAUGCUGCUUAUAACGAAACGGAGGAAGAUCGGCACAAUAUGCGGGCAUACUGUAUAUGCUAUCACAAAGAGCGAAAUGAUUCCAAUUCCACACGCAAGUGUGCGAUCAAAAAUGGCGUAUUCUAAGGAUGAGAACAGAUACAAGAAGCUUCUAUGCAGUAUGGAUCUUACAAAGGACUUCUUUUACAGCUACUCAUACAACAUCAUGCUUAGUCUCCAAAAGAAUGUAUCUAGUCAUAAUUUUAUGGGACAAUCACUUUAUGAAACACUGUUUGUUUGGAACGAGUUUUUAACUCGUGGAAUCAGGAAUAAUCUUCAGAAUACUUCCUGGACUGUCGCCUUAGUCUAUGGCUUUUUCAAACAGGUUAAACUUUCUAUAUCUGGAAGUGAGUUCAACUUGAUUAUCAUUGCUCGUCGCUCAAGGCACUAUGCUGGCACAAGAUAUUUGAAACGAGGAGUGAAUGAAAAGGGUAGAGUAGCUAAUGAUGUUGAGACAGAGCAAAUAGUCUUUGCAGAUGCUAGUGAUGGAUCGCCGAUGCAAAUCAGUUCUGUUGUGCAGAUCCGGGGUUCAAUCCCUCUAUUCUGGACUCAAGAAGCCUCUCCGUUGAAUAUAAAACCUGACAUUAUAUUAUCACCGAAGGACUCUACGUUUGAAGCCACAAGACUUCAUUUUGAAAAUCUUACUAAGAGAUAUGGAAAUCCAAUUAUCAUAUUGAACUUGAUUAAGACUCGUGAGAAGAAGCCUCGUGAAACUAUUCUGCGAAAAGGGUUCUCUGUUGCUGUUAGGUCUAUUAAUCAAAAUUUGAGAGGAGAAAAUCGCCUGAGGUUUCUUCAUUGGGAUCUGAAUAAGCACUCAAAAUGCAGCAAGGCAACCAAUGUGUUGGCACAACUUGGAAAAGUGGCUGCAUACGCACUGAAGCUAACUGGCAUCUUCUACUGUCCAUUGACACCAGAUAUGAGGCUAUUCCAACAUUCCUACUCCGAAAAUAACGAUGUCAUUGAUCAAUCUGUUGUGGAACAAGCUAGCAUAAACAAGUAUAAUGAUGAUAAGGAAAAAGAAGUCGGCAAUGGUUAUUGCAGUGAUAACGAGAACAAGGAUUACUGUGUCAAACCCAAGAUGUAUCAAGCUGGUGUGUUGAGGACAAAUUGCAUAGAUUGUUUAGACCGCACCAACGUUGCGCAAUAUGCUUAUGGACUAAUUGCACUCGGACGUCAGCUACAAGUAUUAGGAUUUACUGAAACUCCGUAUCUUGAUCUCGAUAACCCUUUGGCAAAGGAAUUAAUGACAGCUUAUGAGUCCAUGGGUGACACAUUAGCCUUUCAAUAUGGCGGUUCUGCCGCGCACAACAAGAUAUUUUCUGAGAGAAGAGGUCAAUGGAAGGCAGCAGCACAAUCCCAAGAAUUAAUUCGAACCCUACAGCGUUAUUACAACAAUACAUAUUUGGAUGUUUAUAAACAAAAAACAAUUAACAUAUUCUUGGGGCAUUUUCAGCCACAACAGGGAAAACCAGCACUGUGGGAGCUUGAUUCAGAUCAAUAUUACACUGUUGGAAAACAUGGCCCAGAUUUAGCAGAUGGAAGUGUUAGGUCAAGUAUUAAAAGAUCACUAUCAGAUGGCAACAUUCUCGGCGAAACUGACACUACAAUCAGGAAUUUGCAUGCUCCAGAUUGUCAGCACUCGUCUGAAAAACCUGAUAAGCAAAGUCUUUUGGAGUCUACUUCAGACAUAUUUACUUGUGGAAGUUCUAUUUGUCAUUGCAGGAAAAUAUAUGGAGGAAUGGACAAGGACCAAUAUUGUGAUAAUGAUCACAUUUGUUAUGAUGAACAUGGAGAUGCAGGUGACUGCUCCAAUUUCCUUGAUGUGGACUGGCUUUCUUCUUCUGGAAAUUCUUGUGAAGAGGAAUUACUUGAAAGGUCAACCAGCAUCUCCUCAGACAAUAUUGUGAAUGAACUAGUAACUGAGACAUCUGCAAAUGAAUCUGGACCCUUCCUGAAGGAGAGACAAAGUGAAGAAGAACUCAACAAAGUUGGAAAAUAUACUAAUAGCUUUGAACAUUGGGUGACUCAUGGUGAGAUGCUUUAUGUUUGAGACUAUACUAAUGCCUCUUGACCUUUAUCACACCUCAUCCAAAGGAUGAGUAUUCAUGACUUGUUGUACAGAAAUAAAUGGUAAAGAUAAAAAAAAAACAUAAUCCCAAAGCAAAUAGCAGUGUCACAAGCUAAGAAGCUGAGUUUUGUUCAAAAAGGGCAUUUGAGUUACAUAUCAUAUUUUCAUUUGGGAGGUAGUGGUAUAGAGAUGUUAACAAGUAAUUAAAAUUUUGUACCUUCCCAAGUAGGUUACAUUAUUCAACAUUCAAAAAUUACCAAUCUUGUAUAUAAUUUAAUUUUCAUUGAAAAAAUCUAAAAAAAUUACAUAGUUGAUGAGAUUA